UGGGGUGAUUGAUCGGCAGCGACCAAUUCCAGCGUCCGGCGCAUGCUCUUCCCGAUCUGAGGCCAGCAUUCGCAAUCUCCGCUGAGGUGAGCGCCGCGAUCGCGAAAAGAGCUGAGAAUUUCGCUGUGGAAUGAGCUAGAGAUCAAGGGUUAGAUGAGUUUCGAUCCCGGGAGAGCAUCAGAAUGUACACCACGGUGGGGCGCUUGAGCAGCUACAUCUCACAGGGCGUCUACACAGUCUCGGGGCCAUUCCAUCCCUUUGGAGGCGCGGUCGAUAUCGUGGUCGUGGAGCAGCCAGACGGGAGUUUCAAAUCCACGCCAUGGUAUGUCAAGUUUGGAAAAUUCCAGGGGGUUCUCAAGCGCAGGGAGAAGACUGUGACGGUGGGUGUCAACGAUGUAGAUGCGAGCUUUCACAUGUAUCUGGAUCACAAGGGAGAGGCUUACUUCCUCGAGGAUGCAUCCGACGACGAUGAGAAGCAGCCUUUUUCUCCUCCAAGCGGGCCUUCGUCCGGGGACGAGGGGCAUGAAUUGGCUCUCGAGUAUCACAAGUUGGUGGAUCAAGGGAUUGGCGGGGAUGGAAACGAUUCGGCGAGCGAUGUAGAGGAAGUAGUGGUUUUGAAUUCCAGCGAGACCAGUAGUGAUAGUUUAGGCGGGGUGGCGAAGCCUCAUGAAGAUGGAGCUCGGACGAAUUUACUCGGGCUCCAGGAGGAGGCUUUGGGGAUUGCCUCGUCGGGGGCGACGACGACGACGACACCAGCGGCGGCUCUUUUUGCAAACACCGCGCUGAUGGCGAUUGAGAGAGUCGCGGGGAAGCCGGUGGAAAAUGGAGAGGUGCAUGCCUCUUCUCCCGACGUUUUGGAAGUUGACCAAGCUGAGAAGAAGGAAGUGCAUGCCGAGAAUGGAGAAGUUCCUUCUCCCGACGUUUUGGAAGUUGAUCAAGCUGAGAAGAAGGAAGGGGAUGCCGAGAAUGGAGAAGUUUCUUCUCCCGAUGUUUUGGAGGUUGAUCAAGCUGAGAAGAAGGGAGGGCAUGCCGAGAAUGGAGAGGUUUCUUCUCCUGACGUUUUGGAAGUUGAUCAAUCUGAGAAGAAGGAAGGGCAUGCUGAGAAUGGAGAAGUUUCUUCUCCCGACGUUUUGGAAGUUGAUCAAGCUGAGGCGAAGGAAGGGCAUGCCGAGAAUGGAGAAGUUUCCUCUCCCGACGUUUUGGAAGUUGAUCAAGCUGAGGCGAAGGAAGGGCAUGCCGAGAAUGGAGAAGUUUCCUCUCCCGACGUUUUGGAAGUUGAUCAAGCUGAGAAGAAGGAAGAGCAGAUAUCUGUGACGUCGCUGAGCUCGAGGAACGGCGACUACGUGAUGAAUUCUUACGAGGUCACGCGGGCUGUUGAUAGGAGCUACAUCAUAACAGGAACUUCAAAGGAAGAGGUGCAAAAGAAAGCUAUGGAGUUGGAGAAAGAGGUGGCUGGGUUAGAUAUGAAGCUUGUCAGUGAGGAAGGUUCGCCUCACUCCGAGGCCCUGAGUGAAGGGAUUCGGAAGGAUGGUGAAGCGAGCGUGGUGGAGGUAACCAAUUCCGUUCAAGACAUUGCGGGGACCUUGAUAUCUGAGGUGCCCGAUGUGCAGGAGAUUGCAUCGAAGGAAGAAGUGAUAUCCGAGUUACCCGAUGAGCAGGAGAUUGCGUCGACUACUUCCAAGGAAAAAGUGAUAUCCGAUGAGCAGGAGAUUGCAUCGACUACUUUCAAGGAUAAAGUAAUAUCUGAGGUACCCGAUGAGCAGGAGAUUGCAUCGACUACUUUCAAGGGAGCAGUGCAGGAAGCCACCGACUUGGCGACAAGCUCGGAUAAGAGUUUGACCGGCUUUGAGGGGAGCUCGUCGUCUAAGGUCUUGGAGGAACAGGAAAACGCAUCGACUGAUGUGAUACCUGUUAAUGUGACCGAGGUAGCAGAAGAACAGGUUGUCAGCUCGAAUGGGGCCGGAACUGAAGACGAGAAGAAAAGCUCGCCGGAUAAAGUGGAGACCACGUCGAUAGACGCGAUCAUUACCGAGCCUUCCGAUGAUGAAGCUGGGGAGUUAAAGCAAAAGGAUGGUGUGUUGGACAAGGCCCGCAUUGAACAGGAAACUCCAUCGGCCGAUGCGACUGCUGCGGCAGAAGCAGCGGGAUCAGCAGCAGGAGCACAGAAGCUGAAAGCAGCGCUUGAUAGCAAUGUUGAGAGACGAACUUGGGGGUGGUGGGUCUGGGGGGGUGGCUCUUCGAAGCCAAAGCUGGACUCUACCACCUCCAAGGGCAAAGCUGACGAGGGAGAGGUGGUGGCCGUUACAGGAAAAGAAAGUAUUGUAAACAGUAAGGUAGACCUUUCCAGCGCCGAAGUUGUACUCAUGAGCGUCGAUGGCCACGUGGUGGUGGCCGAGCACGACGAAACCCCACAAAAGCAAGUACAGCUUCAGGAGAUUCAAUCAGCUCCUGUUCAAGUCCUCGAGAAGCAGAUGCUGCAAGUGAGCGAGAGCACCAGCUUGAAGGCUGGUCCGGAGUCGGCGAUUGAGAUCUCAGAGCAGAAGAUUGUCGCGACGGAAGCAGCGUUGCACAACUCGAUUGCUACUGGGCUCAUAAGAAACGGCUACUGGACCUCUUGGAAGCUCACGUCUAAUAAGACGCUCAUUCCCACUUCCGAGCAGCUGGCGUCGCUCAAAUUGAAACCGGGCAGAAACAAGAUAACAUUCACGUUUACCACUCGUGUUCUCGGCAAGCAACAGGUGGAUGCUCGCAUUUACUUGUGGAAAUGGAACACUAAAGUUGUAAUAUCGGACGUGGAUGGGACUAUUACAAAGUCCGAUGUGCUUGGGCAGGUCAUGCCUUUGGUCGGCAGGGACUGGACACAAACGGGAGUUACACGUCUUUUCUCGGCCAUUAAGGAUAAUGGCUACGAGCUUAUAUUUCUUAGCGCGAGAGCCAUUUCACAGGCAUACCUCACACGGCAGUUUUUGGUGAACUUAAAACAGGAUGGCGAGGCCCUUCCAGAUGGACCAGUAGUCAUCUCUCCUGACGGCUUGUUUCCUUCACUCUAUAGAGAAGUUAUACGCCGAGCUCCUCACGAGUUCAAAAUUGGAUGCCUUGAGGAUAUUAGAGCUUUGUUUCCCCCCGAAUGUCAACCGUUUUAUGCGGGAUUCGGUAACAGGGACACGGACGAAAUUAGCUAUUUGAAAGUUGGGAUACCGAAGGGGAAGAUUUUCAUUAUAAAUCCCAAGGGGGAAGUAAUUGUAAAUAACAUCUUGGACCUGAAGUCGUACACCUCGCUUCACAAGCUCGUGAAUGAUAUGUUCCCUCCCGUAAAUUUGACGGAGCGGGAGGAUUUCAAUUCUUGGAACUUUUGGAAGAUGCCACUUCCGGAUGUUGACGACCUUUGAAGGAGAAAAUAUUUUUUGUGAGGUACCUUGACCGGGACCCCAUUUUCGCCCUCGGAAGUUGUUUGUACAGUAGAAUGCACACAGAUAGAAACCGCCGGCAUUCGGCGGUCCGGGAGCUGUAGAAAUCACGAGAAAUAUUCAGAGGGGCCAAUAACCCAGUCACGACUGGGCUACCUACAGUAUUCAUCAGUAAGACGUUGCUUUCAUUCUUAUUUUUCUUAUUUGUUUGAUCGAUCUUAUAGUG